CGUUAGUCAAAGAAAAGCUCAAACUAAUCAAAGAUGGCAGCGUUGACAGUUGUGGAAACCCCAUCAGGAAAAGAUGCUCUCGCCGAGGGUAUGCUGGACCUCUUGAGACCAGCUGUGCAGCAGAUUGAUUUACAUGUGCAUUCAGUCAGAGAAAGCCAAGUGGAACUGAGAGAACACAUAGACAAUUUAGCAUCUGAGUUGUGUAGGAUUAAUGAGCACCAGAAGAUGGCACUAGAUUUAGACCCAUAUGUUAAAAAACUUCUUAAUGCAAGGCGAAGAGUGGUGCUUGUCAACAACAUACUCCAGAAUGCACAGGAACGUUUGCGAAGGUUACACCAUAAUGUUGCUAAGGAGACGGCACGCAGGAAGACCAUGCUUGAGGCAUCUGGAGCAUUUCCCCCGCGAUCUCCCAGCAAACCAUGAUGUUCUGAAUCUCAGAUACUGCGAAUGCUCAAUGCUAUGGACCAAUGCUGUAAAUUAGCAGACUCUUCCAGCAUUAUUAUAGGGGCACUGGGCUAUGCAAAGCACUGGCUACAGCAGCACACUGCAACAAUGUUAACCUGUUCAUUUAAGAGUAUUCGGGGGACAACAGUGUAAAUAUGCACUCAUUUAUUUGUGGCAUACAGACAUUUUAUAAAGAAAGGAUUGACCUAAGCAGUACAGUUUAUUAUUUUACUUUACAUAUCUAUCUGUACCAUCUUCUAAUUAAUUUCUGUCAAAAAUGUGCAUUGUUAUUCAGUAUUGUUUUCCAAUACAUGGAAUAUUAAUAAAGCUAACAAGUUGUUUUUUUUUUAACUUGUAUUAUAUGUUUUUAAACGGUGCCCCAAAGAAUGCAUACUAUUAAUAGUUUGAUUUUUCAUUUAAUUCAUAAAUACAAGUUUCAUUUAUUCAUAGAUUAUGGUUGCAAGUGAUAGAUCAGGCCAAUUGAAGUAUGUAAAUCUAUCAUUUUUGGGGGAAAUGAACUUCCCCAGGCAUCCACAGCAUUGCACUGGAUUAUAAUCAAAUCAGCAGCAAAAUCUUAGGUAUGCUUAUCUCUUAUGUGAAUAGGGAAUGCCUUGUAACAGGAGAGGAUAAGGGCAGCUGAAAGUGAAAAGAUUUUAGGACAGGUCAAGGGAAUAUAUCAAGGAGGAAGUUGGAAUCAUGUGAGGGGCCUCCUAAAAGUCACUCUGUUGAUGAAAGAUUAAAAACCGAUUGCUGAAAAUCAAACUGAAAUUUACUUGACAGAAGAUUAAUGAAAGCUUUGGCUUUGGCUUUGUUUAUGUUCGUUGUUGACCACAUGUGACGUGUGGAUGGUACAAUUGUGCUGAUAGUAAACUUUUUUUUUUAAAUAUCCCAUUUGAAAUACAGAAAAGAUCAUAAGCCUCUUUUGAUUAUAAAUAUGCAUGCUAUAUGGUUUCUCUAUUAGUCACCAUGAUGUGAUUUCUUGCGUUGAAAGUAUUACUUUUGAAAAUCGGAUGUAUUUAAUUUUGAAUAGGUAACUGGUUUAUUAAAAACACAUUAUUACCGUAUACAGUCGCAAGCACAGAGAUUGAUUUUUUCUUUCUUUGUUCCUUGAACAUGAUUUUGGGAAGCCAUUGAUUAUAUACAUCUUGAUUGUAAGAAUAUUUAGUUUUGGGUUGAAUUUUGUAUGACUUCAGAAAACAAUGGUAAUGUAUGGGAAAAACUAGUUUUUUAAGCACAUUUUUGUUUGAGGUGACUAUUGUGUGACUUGCAAGAUGUGACAUUCAAUUUGCAAUUUAUUUCCCACCUUAACUGUUGUGAUACAGAGAGAGUCAGCUACUGUUCCUACUGUUAUGUCUAAUUCUUCACCAUUUUAAUUUUUUUAUUUUCUAUUGUUUAUUUGCUGAUGUUAAUAUUUUGCUAUGCUGGGUCUCUGAGGGUUAAAGCCAUUUGCAACCAUUCAGGGUGUGAUGUUACAUUUAAACCACAAUGAUUAUGUUUGAACCUUACUCAUAAUGCCACAUGACCGUUAUCAUUAUAUGUCUUUUUUUAUUAUUAUUAUUAUCUUUGACAACAUACAUUCAACAUGGCUGACAAAAGAGGUCAUGCACAAGUAAUGGGAUAUUUACCAUCUGUUGAAGUGGAUAGGUGUGUAACUCUUAAAAUACCUCUAUAUUUUAAAAUUAACAUUAAGAUAUUUUCAUUUGUGAUUUAAUAAUUCAUGCAUCAGGGUUAAAUGAAACAAAGCAGAGAAAGAAAUAUGCCUUUUCUUUUCAGCCACAAUUUCCAAUUGGUAAAACACUUUACAGUAAGGUUCCAUUCAUUAACAUCAGUUAAUGCAUCAUGCAAUAUGAGCAAACAAUUAACAAUAUAUUGUUUACAGCAUUAAUUUAUCUUUGUUCAUGUUAGUUAAUAAAAAAAACAGUUGUUCAUUGUUAGUUCAUAGUGCAUUAACUUAUGUUAACAUACAACUUUUACUGUACUUUACUAUGUUGAAAUUAACUAAGAUCAAGGCUGUAAAAAUAUUGUUCAAUGUUACUUCAUGCACUCAGAAAUAGUACUUUGGCUGAACUUGAUUCAGUUGUGGACAGUGGUUCCAUGUGAUUGAAAUGGGUUUUCCUUACUUAAAUUUACUAUAAUCUCAACACAAACACUUUGUGUAGAAAGAACCUAGUUGAAACCCAACAAAUUUACAUGUGUCAAUGUAACUCAAAUAAAUCUUUUUGGUUUCAUUAUGUAUUGAAAGUGAAUGUUAGCAUGCUUAAUACAUGCUGGUUGGAUGCACUAAGAAUGUAGUUUAGUAAUUAUGUUAUAGUUAGCACAGAAAUUGCGCAACUAAGCAACUCAUUUAUUCCAUAAGCAACAUUUACCUGUCUUCAUCAUAAUGGAAACUCCAACCUAACAGAAACUCUUCUAAAUCUCAACAUAACAAAACACAACACUUAUCCUCCGUUAUAUUCAUCCUGCACAAAAACACAUAAAAUUACACUUAAUUUUAACAUUUACUCUCUCUAUCCAGUCCCAUGCAAAACAUACUGUGAAAUAGAAAUCCCCUGCCCUGUUUCAUCAAUGCUCCAUUAACACCACAAAAACUAUUCUUGUACUCCCAACUCGAAUGAAUUAAGUAAACUUCCAUUUUAUCAAUUUAAAUGGAUAGAAAACAAUGAAAUCAAGUUGUGGCCAAAUGUUCUAGGAUUGUGUUGCUUUAGU